AUGCGAAAGACCGUCCAUUUGGACAUCCAGCCAAUCAUGACACAGACAUAUUCAGUCACCCGGAGUGAACCCAUCCCCGUCUUCCCGAGAAUAACAUACAGGUCGAAAGAAUCGGUUCGGAAAUCUAUUCCGGCGGUAUGGAUGCGUGCGGGCACAUCCAAAGGCCUUUUUCUCCAUCGCCAUCAUCUUCCCGCGUCGACAACGCUUUGGGGACCGAUUUUGCUAUCCGCGAUGGGCUCGAGUACAGGUAGUUCUCGCCAGAUUGACGGGGUUGGCGGUGCAUCCUCGACAACUUCCAAGGUCGCCAUUGUAGAACGGUCGAGUCGUCCCGGUGUUGAUGUCGAGUAUACAUUUGUGCAGGUGGCGCCGGAUCAGCCACGGAUCGAUAUGACUGGAAAUUGUGGCAAUAUCGCAUCUGGAGUGGGGCCGUUUGCACUGGAUGAGGGUCUUGUCAGCGUCCCUGAGCGGGAGAAGGAGAUCAAUAUCAGGAUUUACAACACCAACACCGGACAACAUAUCGUCGAAACAGUCCAGGUCGCAAAUGACGGCUCAUUCCGAGAGGAUGGCGACUAUGCGAUUCCAGGGGUCGAGGGCACAGCCAGUCCUAUUAAAGUUGCAUUCCUCAAGCCAUGCGGUAGUAUGACGGGCCACAUGUUUCCGAGCGGGAGACAUCAGGAGAUGCUAACGGUGCAGUCCCGGGGAUUUGGAACACUAUCCGUGCGAGUCAGCCUUGUAGAUGCCGCGAAUCCGUUUGUGUUUGUUGAUGCUGCGUCCCUGCCGCGAGAAGCCUCGUCCACUAUCGCGGAUGCUGCAGAUCCAGCCUUCCUGGCAUUGAUCGAGGAUAUCCGGCAACAUGGUGCGGUGCGCUUUGGCCUCGCUGAGAAUGUGCAGGCUGCGAGCCAAGUCCGCGGAACCCCGAAGAUUGCUAUUUUGUCUCCCGCAAGUGGUACUGUGGACGGCGUGGACAUCGAGGUGAAGGCGUUCAGCAUGGGAAAACCCCAUCCGAGUCUGCAGCUGACGGGUGCGGUAUGUCUCGGCGCGGCGACAAUCAUACAUGGCACCAUUGCUUGGGACUUGGCCCAUAUCAAAGAAGGGAAGGAGAUCCCAAAGCAUGGGAUGUCGCUAGGGAACCACCAGAUUGCGGGCGCGGUGCCGGUCGGCAUCCGCCAUUCAGCUGGGGUCGUCCAUGCGGAGACGGUUCUGGGGAUAGACAGGAAGGGCGCGAUCGACGUGGACCGGGUAGCGGUAUAUCGGACGGCUCGACGGCUUUUUGAGGGCCGUGUUUUUUAUAGACCUUAG